CAUGCGGCUGGCACCACGUGUUCCCGGACGCCGGCUCAGCCUGGGAUCUAAAGGGGUAAAGAUGGCGGCCCGGUGGGGAGCGGGAGAGGAGACCCUGACUAUCGGGGGGAUGGAGCUCUUCACCGCCUCAGGACCGCUACAGUGCAAUGACCUGGAUGAGGACGAGUCCUGCCAUGACCUUACCGACCUGGGAAUCCUGGGAACCCUCCAGGGUUACAUCGACAAUUCCAUCAUUUCCAUCAUUGAUGACAGCGGAACUCAGACUGAGAACAAAGGCCACUUUGAUGAGGGAAACGAGUUGUCCCUUCUGACGGCCCUCACGGAGAUAUUGGACAACGCGGACGAUGAAAACAUGUCGCCGUUUGACUCCAUCCCAGAUACGGAACUUCUGGUGUCACCAAAGGAUCGGGAUGGCUGCUCGAGAUUUCUCAGUCUGUCCCGUACACCACCAGAUCGAGAGAUAACUUCAAUGGAUGACCAACAUUGGGUUAAUUAUGCCAAGGUUGAUAUUCUCUGUCCUGGCUCAAACUGGGAUCUCUUUCCGGAAACUAUCACCUCCACCCCAAUGAGACGCACCAGACACAAAAGCGUUAGAGCGUAUUUACCUCGCAGAGCAAGGGCGGGGCACAUCCUACAGCGGAGUGACGGAGAAGAGGAGGACCAAUCGCAGUUUUCCAGCUUGCUGCCUGCCGACAAUGACUCUUCCUUGGAUCCCGAUGAUGAAAUUGUCGAUUAUGAUAACGACAGGCUUAUGAAGCAUGGCGCCCCUUGCAUCAUUAAUACCGCAAAUGUCCCUCUUUCCGAUCUAGUGAAGUACAUGCACCCAUACUGUCUGCCGGCUAUAACUUUGUGUCUAGAUCCUGAAGAUGAGAACAUCUUGGACGAGGACCAGAUUUUUCUGGAAAUUGUGUCCGAUCACGGAGAAUCGAUUAAAGUUCCAAUAAUGGUGGAAGACCCAGGGGAGGCGAUAGAUGUCCAGUCUUCAGAAGAUGAUGUCUUCGUGCUCAACACUUUGGCAGGUGUGGAUAGGCAACCCAAAUAUCUCCUCGCCCUCGAGUCCUCCUCCUCGGAGCAAUGCGUUCCAGAGGUGGAUGUCAAUUAUGAGAAGAAUGGUGAACUAAUGGAAGAAAAAGAAUUGCUAAAACAAUCUAUUGAGGACGACGAAAUUAUGGAGAGUAAACCAGUAGAAGACAAAAUUAUGGAGGUGAUGCCGGUAGAAGACAAAAUUAUGGAGGCGUUGCCGGUAGAAGACAAAAUUAUGGAGGUGUUGCCGGUAGAAGACAAAAUUAUGGAGGUGUUGCCGGUAGAUGACAAAAUUAUGGAGGCGUUGCCGGUAGAAGACAAAAUUAUGGAGGCGUUGCCGGUAGACAAAAUUAUGGAGGCGUUGCCGUUAGAAGACAAAAUUAUGGAGGCGUUGCCGUUAGAAGACAAAAUUAUGGAGGCGUUGCCGUUAGAAGACAAAAUUAUGGAGGCGUUGCCGGUAGAAGAUAAAAUUAUGGAGGUGUUGCCGGUAGAAGAUAAAAUUAUGGAGGCGUUGCCGGUAGAAGAUAAAAUUAUGGAGGUGUUGCCGGUAGAAGAUAAAAUUAUGGAGGCCGUGCCGCUAGAAGACAAAAUUAUGGAGGCCGUGCCAGAAGUGGAGAAGAUGUCUACUGAAUCCUUGAAUGCAGAAGGAACUGUUGACAUUUUGGAUAAUGAAGCUCCAGCUGACGCAGAUGCCUCAAAUUUAAACCGGAAGCCCAAAAAUGAAGACUUGAUCGUUCCAGACAAAGAAAAGGUGUCAAAAGGAAAAAAGUCCAUCAAAGAUAAGCAUCUCAAAAGCUCAAAGUCAAAAGCUAAAAGCAAAAAUAAAGGUGCCGGUGAAGUCAAACCACCAGAGGUGCAGGAAAUUGUCUCCCCACCAAACACGACUCAAUCUGCUGCGAGCCGAUCGAGUAACCCUUCACUGCAGGAGUCUGACUUCUUAACCAAGACCUUGGAUCAGGUUGUUGAAUCCCAGUUUGACCUUCGUUCCUCUAAAAUGCCGCGCAACAAGGCAAGGUCUCGCCCUAGCAUUGAUAUCCCAGAGAAAAAAGUAAACUUGGAAAACAAUAAAAAGGCGGAAAAACCUACAUCUGUAGAGACCGAACAGCCCAAAUCUAACAUGGAGGCUGGAGUUGAUCACGUCUUGGAGACCAAUGACAAGGCUGGAGAGCUGUGCUCGCAGUCAGAUGUGGUUCAGGAACAUGUCCCCAAUGAUAAAAGUGAGGCCCACUGUGAUGUUUCUGCAGCUGCUGAUGCCAACUCUGAGGAUACCUCUAGUAUGGAGCCCAAUGAAACGGCAGUAAAGGAGCUCAAGCCCAAGUCACUUAGUCUAACCGAAUACAGGAAGAGGCUUCAGACUCGAAAACCUAACCCUGACCGAGAACCUGAAAGCUCAUCUUGCAGCAAGUGGCCUUCUCUUCCCGAGCCACCAACAGAGUUGGCAGAACUUCCAUGCUUGCUUGUUCCUUCAAAGACCGAUAAACCAACUCUACAGGAAAAGCCAAGCCUAACCGGGCCGGAAAGCUGCUGUGCACAAGUUGCGCCGGCCACCUCCAGUAUGUUGCCACCCAUUGUACCCGUAGCACCAGUGGCCACUUGGGAAGGCUUUCCACAAAAAAUAACUGAGGAACCAUCCUUUCCUAUCAUGGAUACUACCCUGCCCCCUAUGAUGCCGGCACAGCCAAACCUUCCACCUCCAUUCUACCCACCUGUAUGGUCAGGCGUACCUUCGCAGCAGCCUUAUUACCCUGGUGUGCCACCUUUGUCAGUUCCUCAGUUUCCCAACACCCUACCUCCAAUGAUGCCCAUGCAACCACCUCCAUCGAUGAUGAGCUGGCCUCCGUUUCCCCCACCCCCCAUUGGGAUGGGUCCUGUGCACCCUAAUACUUGGGCUUCUGGCUUCCCACCGCCUUAUUGGUCAACUCCUCCGGUUCCCCAAGGGAUGCCUGAAGCUCCUGUUCCUUUCAAUACAGGAGGUCAGCUUGGAGUAGCCCAUCAGAUGAUCUCACAGAAUGCUGCAGUCCCACCUAGGGAAUGUAGCCCUCAGAAGCAACAAAUGUCAGCCAAGGAUUGUAAAAGUGGAACGAAGGAUCGAAAAACGGCUGAAGCACCAGGUGGUAAUAAAUCAGGUGUAGCAAUAAAAAAUGCGACUAUGCUUUCUAAACCAGGAUUACAAGUUUGUUCAGAGGUUAAGAAAUCAGAGUCUCCAUUGGCACAAGUAAAGCCCUCUGUGCCGGCAGAUCCAAAGGCGGCAAGUGUUUCCAUCCCCGACCUAAAGUCCACCAACGACGUGGUCAUCAAAAUCAUGGAAAUUCUAAAGAAGGCCCAAAAGUGUGGAUUUCAAAUUAAGCCGCCACUUCCGUCGUCCGCUCAGAAGACUGAAAAACCCGCUGAAGCCCACAAACCUGCUGAGGUCACCGUAUUAAAGUCGGCUGAGAAGGCCAGUGGUGGUGCACAAGGCCGCCCUACACCAGUCAUAGUCCAACCUUCAGCCUUGACUGCUGAGCAACCAAAGCUUGAAGCCCCUGCAAAAGAGGCUAAAACCUUACCGUCGUCUACGGUCGGUGAAAAACCAGUUCAGGCGUCUGCCCUCCAUCCGAUUGAAGCACUUUGCACCCCUUCCGUGGCUUUAAAUCCGAAUUUACCCGUUUCGAAUCAAAAGGAGCAAGCCGAAGGCCUUGAUUGUGAGUCAGGCAUUGAAGCAUGUGAUCUGACGAGCUUGCUGGAGGAAUUUGAAAAGUCUGCGGCUAAAGAUGAGGAGCGUCUUCCUCCCAGUCCUGAUAAAAUGGCUGUAGGAAACUCGGGAUCUGAGCAGCCAAUGGGAAAGAAGCCUCCCGCGGAGAAGCAUCUGGCGCCGGAGUUGGUGAAUACAGCCGGUCUCACCCCUCCGGCCACUCCACCGCAUCAGCUUUGGAAGUCCGUCAGCCAACCCCUGAAUGGGACGCCCGUGCCGGUGACCGCUCAGGAGAAGCCAUGUGCCUCGGUACUCAAGACCGCAAAGCUCAUCGAGCCGAAACCUUUGCCGCAGAGCAAGCUGAGAAGCCGGACCCUCCCACCCGCUCCCUCCGUGGUAUUGCCGGCUGUCCACGUGGGGUCCGGGGACCACGAUUACUGCAUCCUUUCGGCGACCCAACAACAGAAGGUUCUGGAGACGGUGGAGAGCGGCGCGGACGCGACCCAGAGGGAAGAAGGGUCGCGCUGGAACGUCAAGCACCAUCAGAAUAUCGUCAUCAAGCCCAUCGUGCAGUUCAGCAAACGACCGCAGAACACCCCGUGCCCCAAGCAAAGCGCGCCCAACGUACCUCCUGUCAAUGUCAAGAGCGCCAAUGGUGGCCCUGCCCAUCCGGUGGUUCCACCACCCUGCGUUAACAUCCAGAAGGAUAGCAAUGAGCCCCUGGAUCAUAGGACUAAUGUUCUAUCGGAGUCCGCAGUGAAAAGCCCCCCCGGUUCAGUGUUAUUGUCCCCGGACUCCUCGCCUUGUCGCAGCGAGAUCGGGGAGACCAGAACUGAUGCCAGGAGUGAGAAACCCUCCGUGUCCCGGAGGUCCCUUCGCUGCUAUAGGAAGUUCAGGAAUUCCCCCAGUCCUCAGAAGUCCAAGCGGAGGGGGCGCUCUAGCGGUAGUCGUUCUGCUUCAUCGUCGUCGUCGUCAUCCUCCUCGUCCUCAAGAUCUCGUUCAAGAUCUCCCCCAAUGAAGAGGAGGAGAAAUUCUCUUUACAGUGACAACUAUGGCUUUGUGACUUACCGCUACACCAGUGAGGCCUUCGCCGCCAUAGAAAACGGGCACAAGCUGCAGCUUCCCGACGAGAUGCCCUUUGACCUCUGCUUCGGCGGGCGGAGACAGUUCUGUAAAAGCAAUUACGCCGAUCUUGAUUCGAAUCGGGGCGAAUUUGACGACUCCCCAGUUAGAAGUAAAUUUGAAGGUGUAGAUUUCGAUACAUUACUAAGAGAGGCACAGAAGAAGCAGCGGAGGUAACGCAACGCCAGCCCUUCCCCCACCUCCCAGAGCCUCCGAUCAAUUGGAAUGGAAAUCGUUCAACCAAAUCAAUUUACCUCAAACACUGGAUAGGCCAUUGACUAAAAGACGCAUGAACCUCCCCCCCCCCCCCCCUCCGACGUAGAGGGGGGGGAAUAAACAAAGUGCCCAAAUGUUUUUUGUUUUUUUUUAUAGGUAAACAAAAAUUAUCAUUUAAAAAAAUAAAUAAAAAAAAGGUUUAAAAAAACAUUAAAUUUUUUUUAAAAAAAAUAUUUGUUUUUGUAACCUAUUUAACAGAGCUUAGCGUGCGAUCUGCGCCGAUAUAAGGAGAAUCACUAUGCAGAUGAGAUAAUAAAAAAUAUAUAUAUGAUG